ACAGCUGUCCAUCAACCCGGCGUUGGUCGGUUGCCGUGGUGAGGGGAGGCCGGGCGGGAGCUCCGCCAUGGCGCAGCCCGAGGAGCCGCAGCCGCCCAUCGUCCCCUCCUGCCCGCUGCCCGCCAGGAUCUGCGAUGUGGCCCGCAGCGAGAGGCCGCGCUCCUGCUGCGGCAUGGCCAUGGCCGGCCUCCGCACCGCCAAGUACCAGCUGCCCGAGUGGCACCGCCGCAACGCGGGCGUCUGCUUCGAGGCGGCGGCGGCGGGCGAGGAGGCGGAGCGCGGCCGCGCCCAGGCCGGGCACCUGGUGAAGAGAGCGGCCGCCAGCGCUCAGCGGGGCCAGCAGAGCUCCAAGAGCGCCCUGGGGCAGCGGCUGCAGGACAUCGACUUCUGGAGAACCGAGCUGCAGAGGGAGAUCAUGGAGCUGGACGCCGAGACCAAGCAGCUGGCGGCGCAGAAGCUGCGGCUGGAGCGGGCGCUCGAUGCCACCGAGGUGCCGUACGCGGUGGUGAUCGAUAACCUGGAGUGCCGCGACCGCCGGCAGCCCCCGGACCUGCUGGUGGAUCAGGUGGAGAGGCAGCUGCUGAAGGAAGCAGAGCUUAUCCGGGAUAUCCGGGAUCUUCUGAAGAGAACCAUCAUCCAAGCCACCACCCAGAUCAGAUCCAACCAGAUCCAGAAGGAGAACUGCGAGCUGGACUGGUCGGACAAGGUGGAGUCGUAUCACAUCGACGAUAAAUGCGUCAGCUACUGCACGGACAGCACCAACGUCCAGUCCCACCCCAGCUCCCUCAAGUUCGAGGAGACCGCCUCCACCCCCAAGUCGUGGGCGCAGUUCAGCCACGACAACAUCUCCAGCGCGGAGCAGGAGAAGCUGGCGUCGGUGCAGCUGCGCUCGCUCAUCAACAGCGUCAUCCGCCACGCGUCCGAGGACCUGCGCGUGCAGCGCGCCGCCGUCAGCGAGGCCUUCCACAGCCACUGCCGCCAGCUGGACCAGGCCAAGCUGCGCCUCGAGCAGCACCUGCAGCAGAUCCUGAAGGACAUCGGGGAGGAGGAGGCCAACGUGGCGAGGCUGAAGGAGGCGCUCCGGGACAAGGAGGCGUUCCUGAAGGUGGCACAGAGCCGCCUCUACGACCGCUCCUCCCGGCCCAACGUGGAGCUGUGCCGGGACGAGCCCCAGUUCAGGCUGGUGAGCGAGGUGGAAGAACUGGCGGUGUUCCUGGAGGCCCUGAAGAGAAAACUGAUGGAAUCAGAGCAGAACCUGAAGAACCUGGAGGAGACCAGGAUGAAGCUGGAGAAGGAGAUCGCCGUGAAAGCCAACAGCAUUUUCAUCGACAGGCAGAAGUGCAUGGACCGGCUGCGCUACCCCGUGGACCUGGAGGUGGCCAGUUACAAACAGUGAUUUCUGUGCCCGCCCUGCCAAACCCGGCAGGAAAACGCAAUUCCUUCUUUUCUGUUCGGCCGUUGGCAAGUGUGGGAAAAAAUCUGGGAGCUUUCAUAUGGAAGAAAUUGAGAAAUGAUACAUUAAAGUGGUGUGUUCACUCGG